UUUUAUCAAUUGUGUGUGUGUGUUUGUUAGCUUUCUUAUCGAACGGCGGGGGAAAAAAAAAAUCCUAUUCAAGGUUGUUGAAUUCCAGUGUCAGAUGUCGUCGUCCACUAUUUUGAAUGGACGUCUGGACGGAUUUCUUCGCGGGGUGUUGCGGUGGGAUCGCGGGAACGUUUUUUGGCCAUCCUAUUGACACUGUCAAGGUGCGACAGCAAACUCAUCCCCAUGGACAACUGAGCACACGUCACUGCGUUCAAUUGGCUUUGAAAAAUGAAGGAGUCACUGGAUUAUUCAAAGGGAUGAGCUCCCCAAUUUAUACAGCAGCUUUGGUCAAUGCCACCUUUUUUGGAGUGUACGGUGGAACUGUCAAAGUCAUGUUGAAGUUCUCUGAGAAACCUGUCAACAGCGUGCCAGAAUAUAAAACUGUUGCAGCUGCUGGGAUGGUGGCCGGCACUGUGCAACUGUUGGUUUGCUGCCCUGUGGAUCUAGUCAAAAUCAAGCUGCAAACAGGAUCAAGUGCUGUGAAUGGUCCCAUGCCAAAGACAAAUGGCUCUUUAAAUGCUAGUCCUAUUGCUAGUAAACCAUUCAAAGGGCCAAUUGAUUGCUUAAUGACAAUGUAUAAAACACAGGGCAUUAGGGGAUGGUAUAAAGGUCUUGUCCCCAUGUUUUGGAGGGACGGUCCAUCUUACGGCCUGUAUAUGUUCCUUUACGAAUUGAUUUUACGAGAGGGCAAAGAGAAAUACUCGACAAGCGGAUUGGGUGAAGGAUUAUUGGCUUUGAUUGCCGGGGGUGUAACUGGAACUGUAACUUGGGUUUCAGUCCUGCCGAUUGACGUCGUCAAGUCCCGCAUCCAGGCGGAUUGCGUCGUUAAUCCAAAGUACCGCGGAAUGUUGGACUGCAUACGAGUUUCCUACAGGGCCGAAGGUUGGCGCGUCUUCUUUCGCGGAUUCUACGCUAUCGCAUUUCGCGCAAUGAUCGUAAACGCGGCCACAUUUUUCGUCUAUCAAAGUACCUUGACGCAUUUGACCGCAGCGCAGACGUGAUUUUUGACCGAGAAGGAGAGAAAAUGGCUACUCAUCGCCUACUUGGUCACGAUAUAGCCUCGGUCAUUAUAUUUUGGGUGAGACCGUUGGCAAAUACAAUGAAAUUCGCAGCGGGUAUAGAAAACAAAAAUUGGAUAAGGGGGUCGUAAAACAUUAACAGUGUGGGCAUGAUGCGAUCUAAUACUUUUUCCCACAUUGGAAGAAAAAAACGAACGGCUUUAUUAGGAGUCGCCUUUUUAAUAGAAUAUCCCGACAAAUUUAGCGCGAUUUUUAAAUGUAUUCUUUUUUCAGGAAAAUGUUUAUAUUUACAAAAAUGUGUGUGAUUUUUCACUGCCACUACAAAAUGUUUCUUCAAACUUGAAUUGCUCAAUAAAGGGGUUUGUUUCUGUGUCUUA